AUGAAGCUCCGCAGCAAGGCGGCGGCGCUGCUCCUGCUCGCGCUGGCCGCGCUGCUGCUGGCGCUGCUGACCCUGCGCGCCGGCCGAGCGGAGCCCCCGGCGCCGCCAGCGCGCCCCGCGAGCGCCCCGCCGCGCCGCCCGGCACCGGCCCCCGCGCCGGCCCGGCCUCGGCGCCCUCCAGGGGGUGGCCGAGGUGCCGGGAGGCUUCGGCCACCGCAUCUGCGCCCCCGAGCCGGUCGCCGGGGCGCGGCGAGCCUGGAGAAGUUGGCGAGGAGACCUGGAGAACCCAGACAUUUCCAAGCUGUGCUGCCGCCCGAACUCUGGAUCCACCUGGCUGUGGUAGCCUGUGGUGAUCGACUGGAGGAGACGCUAGUCAUGCUGAAAUCAGCUGUGCUCUUUAGCCACAGGAAGAUUCAAUUUCACAUCUUCACGGAAGAAUCUCUGAAGCCUGAGUUUGAUAGGCAGUUACGACAGUGGCCUGACUCGUACACAAAGAAGUUUGAGCACAGAAUCUACCCCAUCACAUUUUCAGUUGGAAAUCCUCAGGAAUGGAAGAAAUUGUUUAAACCCUGUGCUGCCCAGAGACUCUUUCUUCCGGUGAUUUUAAAGGAUGUGGACUCACUUCUCUAUGUAGACACUGAUGUUCUCUUUCUAAGACCUGUUGAUGACAUCUGGAAGUUUCUGAGGCAGUUUAAUUCUACCCAACUUGCGGCCAUGGCACCCGAGCAUGAGAUCCCCAAGAUUGGCUGGUACAGUCGCUUUGCUCGGCACCCAUUCUAUGGCUCUGCAGGAGUUAAUUCAGGAGUCAUGCUAAUGAAUUUAACUCGCAUAAGAAGUGCCCAGUUCAAGAACAGCAUGAUUUCAACAGGCUUGGCUUGGAAGGACAUGUUGUACCCUCUGUACCAGAAGUACAAGAAUGCCAUCACAUGGGGAGACCAGGAUUUAUUAAAUAUCAUUUUUUAUUUCAAUCCAGAGUGUCUCUAUGUGUUCCCCUGCCAGUGGAACUACCGUCCUGAUCACUGCAUGUAUGGAAGUAACUGCAAAGAAGCUGAACGAGAAGGUGUGUCUGUCCUUCAUGGGAACCGAGGCGUCUACCAUGAUGAUAAGCAGCCAACGUUCAAAGCACUCUAUGAAGCAAUCAGAGAUUUUCCCUUUCAAGACAAUCUCUUCCAAUCCAUGUAUUACCCUCUUCAGCUGAAGUUUUUGGAGACUGUACAUACUUUAUGUGGACGAAUCCCACAAGUUUUUCUGAAGCAAAUUGAGAAAACAAUGAAAAGGGCUUAUGAGAAACACAUCAUCAUCCAUGUAGGCCCCAACCAGAUGCACUGAAUAUUUUGCAUUAUUGCAAGUCAACUAAGCAUCUCAUGAGCAAGGAAAUAUUAAUCUUGAAGCUGCUUGGAUCUUUUGUGUGUGACUAUUUAAUGGUGCUCCAUGACAAUUGAGUUUUAAAAACCUUGUUAAAUGUUGCUAAAUUAGUUGCCCCCAAGAGGGAAUAUGCUUUAGUUUUUUUUAAUGCUAUUUAUCUCUCUGUUUAAGUAUAUAUUUUUGCUAAUUUAGCAUUGUUCAAACAGGUUGAGCUAGCUGUGAAAAGGAAUUUUUGGGAGUCUUGCAUUUUGUGUUAAGUGUCUAACAUUAUCAGUGCCAUCUAAUGUAUUUAUCUAGUAUUCUUGAGACUCUUUCUAUGCAAUGGACUCCCUCACACCCUUGUUAUAAAAGUAAUACAUACUCGUUGUAAAAAAAAAAAAAAAUUUAACUUGUAGAGAAUAUAGGUCAGUGGACCAAAAUUAAGAUUAGAUUACCCAUAAUCCCAUUGUCAGGGGGCAAAAGAAAUGAUUCCAUACCACUCUGAGUUCUCAGGCUAGACUGUAACCAUGCUACUGAGGGGUACCCAGGGACCUCAAACUGCUAAGAGAUAUGUCCCUAAGAGGGUUCAGUCAUCCACAUACACAAAGGCAACGAAAGCAGACUCUUAGUGGCUAGAUCUUUAAUGGGUCAUAGAGAAGAGAAGAAAGGAUUUCAAAGUGAAAAGUGCUAUAGAGGGUCAAAGGACAGUGCCAAAGUAGAGGACAGGUCACUGUCUAUGGGUUUUGACCCAUGCACUCAAUUGUAAGACCACUCAGGCUCAGGAAACAACAACUAUGGGGUUUGUUUAACAAACGGGAAACAGAGAGUUUGUAAGGGCACAAGAAGCUGGCUCUCUCACCCCAAAUAGUGUCCACAGUGUCCAGAAGUCUCAAACGAAAGGCUCUUCUUUGUGUAAGAUGGUGCUGUCCUGUCAAUAAGGGCCUGAAGCUGGUGGCACAGCAUCAAGCAAUGAGUAUGCCAGGCUGCAACUCACAGUGGCAGCUGGAGGUGCUCAUAGGAUGGGCUGCUGAGAUGAUACCACAGCAGCCCAUGGCAACAAUCUGAAGGCAGGACUGGACAGCACCAGAUGCUGGACCAGACAGCAACAGAGGCAACAACACCAUGAGGCAGUGCUAGAUGAUCAGAAGCAGUAGACAGCUCUCAAAGGUGACUCAGAUGCAGAGUGCUGGUCACUCAUCAACAGUGCUGGACAGUACUAGCCAAUAGUGCUGGUCACCACCAGUCACCAGGAGGCACUGUCAAAAACAUGAGCUAUUGGUGAGCUAGUGGAAGGAACCAAUAGCACAACAGCUCUUUGAGACACCAGGCCGAAGCCUAUGCUGCUCCUUUCAGGUGAUGUCGGAGGAAGGGCCAGAACUUGGUGCAGCAGCCAGGUCUCUGCAAAGGUCUUCAGUUUCCCUUUCUUCAGAAGAUGGCUGCUGAUCCUUCUUUCUUCAGAGUCCAGCAAUAGAAUGCUCUAAGCUGGCUCCUGCACUGCCUUGUAUUCUUUUAGGGUCCCCCACACUACAAGCCUGAUAGACUAUUUUCAGUCCAAAGCAAUUGACUGAACCAUUUAGCACAAGUCAGCUCAUUUCCCAUUUGCAAUUGGAAUAAUUAACUAAUGAGCUGGAUUGAAAAUGAUUGGUUCGUUUAGCUCAAACUUGAUUGUUCCUUUCUAUGAUCCAGGCGUCAAAUAUAAAACGGAAAACUUGGUGCCUGCACAGACCUGACCUGCUCUGAUCACAGAGCAAGUUCAUGGGCUGGAACUGAUGCCCCUUCAAUGGGGCUUGGUGUAACAAUGUGAGAGGGAAGGGGGCUACAGCAGCAAUGGGACAGCUGUGCUUACUCAAUGACAAAAACAUUGUAUCUUACAUAUCACUAGGUAGGGGGCAGUACCUUUAAACACGUGGGCAGUUAGUGAAAUUAUAAACUUCAAAUUGAUGUGUAUGAAAUGAAGAGUUCAACUGAUUCCACUGGCAAGAAAAUUCAACUUCCUACCACCGUUAGGAAUGUCUCUUUGAAUUUUGUUUUCUUCUGUGGUGUUACCCAGAUUUUAGCAAAAGAAUCAGGUAGGUCUUAUUACCUACCUACAAUAGAGAAAGUAUUGUAUAUUCUUUCUCUAUAUUCUAUUCUCCAAAGAAAUCUAACUUAAUUCCUCAUUGCUAGUAUGGCCAGUAUUAGCAUAAGGGCAUUUUGCAGAAUGUUUUUUUUCAAUCUCAAAAACCUGUCAUAAAUGAUCUUGAUGUUUGCAAUGGCCUAAUGAAUUUAGUAGGGUAUUGUAUCAUCUCCAGCAGGCAAAUAAGGAAAUUGUAACACAAAUUUGUCCAAUGUCACUGCUAUUAUAUAAGACAUAUAGGUAUGUAUAUGAUGUACCCUGUUUUGUAGAGAAAUUUUUGGAGACAAAAAUGUUAAAUACUUUUUAUCAUUUAUAGAGAACAAAGUGUAAAUUGAAAAAUAUUAAUGCAAAUGUGUUAUCCUGUAUAUUGGAAUCCAGUAGGAUAUCAUAGGUUCUGUCAGCAAAAUAGUCUUACCCUAAAAAAAAUGUAUGAAAAUCUCAGCACUACAAGGAAAUAUGCAAAUAUCAAUCAAUUUUGGGAUCAAGCCCCAUUAUGCUAGGAACAAAAUCAAAUUUUCAGGAUUAUAACAACCAAUGUUACUUUUGAUCUGUGUUUUGCCUACAGUUUAUUUUUGUUAAGGAAUUACUAUUAUGAUGUGAAACUGGUUAACUUUGCUGCGUUAUUGCAUGUUUCCUUAUUUCAUCACUAAAGGUGAUAAUCAUUCAUUAGUUUAUAUCUAAAGGACAUGGGGCAAUUUUUGGAUUGCCUUUUGAAUGGGGAAAAUAUAUACUGCAUGUGAACAAAUAGGGUUUUUGUGAAAGAGACAGUGUGGAUACAAUUCCUUAACUUCCAUUCCAGUUUUUGUUUUGUUUUUCACUUAUUCAGCCUGGCUGUUAACCCUGCAAAUGUUACUCAGAUUUGUUGGUGGUUCACAGACCUAAAGAAGUUGCUUUGUGAAAGUCCCACAUAACAUCUGCAGUAACGACUUAAAGCACAACAAUGCCUAUUCUUUUAUGAGAGCCAGGUUUACUCUCAACUCUCCACUAUUGGUUCUGGCCUGAAUAUAUAGAAAAGGAGUUCCAGAACUCUAGAACAUUCUAGAAUAAUGCAUUAUGAAACUGUAAAGCCUUAAAAUUUGGUGUGAUUUUUUUGCCUUAAAAUUCCUUCAGCGUAUCCAGAAACUUAAGGUGAGCUUGGUUGAGAAUUUAAAGACAUUUUGCUCUUUCAAUCCUGUCUGCCUGAAGCCACCAAUAUUUUCCAUAAUUAGGAUAAUAUUAUGAGGCAGUAUUUCUCUGCCUUUGAUAAUUCCAGAGAAUUACUAUAUUAGCAUCUUUGAAAUCUGGAAACUACACAUUUUAAUUUGGUGGACUCCUAAAGCAUGGGGUAUGGUCCAAAGUUUGCCAAAGGUAUUGCCACAUCGAAUCCAUGUCAGCUGAUUCUUUCCCUUCCCCUCUCCUGUCUUCUUUUUGGCUACACUUUGGUUAAUCUAAGCACACUUUCAUUUUCUUUAAAAUUCUGUGUAAUGCACAUAACUGGAGAAUUCCCUUGGGACAAUAAAAGGACACUUUCUAAUAAGAUGGCAGUAUUUUUGUAUGCAUUGAGAUUGAGACGUUUGACAGCAAGGUCACUAAAAAUGCUGGCAAUAUUUCCUUCCUGAGUUUUUUCUCCCCAACAUAAAUCUCAGAAAUUGGGACAUCUUGAAAUUUUCAAUGCUUAAAGACUAUAACUGACUAGAAAACCUAUAUAAGUUUCCCUUCAACUUCCAAAAUGGCAAUUUUGGGCCUCCCUGGUGGCGCAGCGGUUGAGCGCUGGGUUGCGAAGCUGCCCGCGGCCUCUGCGGCGCCGGUUCGAUCCCCGGCUGCUCCCCGGCCACCGGAGGAGGGUCCUACAUGGCGCGCAGACCUCUCCUGCAGCCCGCUGCUCCCCUCAGCAGUGUACUUCGGUCCUUCUGC